CUGUCAUGAAGGCCUUGAUUAAUGAACAGAAGAGGAGAAUAGCUUCAGGAAAGGUUGGUUUUUCGUGAUAACAACUUACAAAUCUGUGCAUGGCCUAUGAUAGAGUUAUCCUAAUUGGAUUGUUUGGGAUGUCACAGGAAAACAACACUAACGCUCCUAACACUAACACAAACAAGGUCAAGCGCUCACGCAAAACCAACCCAAGACACUCUCCUUCCCAGCGAAGCUCAAUCUACCGUGGCGUUACAAGGCAUCGAUGGACAGGUCGAUACGAGGCUCAUCUGUGGGAUAAGACUUGCUGGAACGAAUCGCAGACCAAGAAAGGAAGACAAGUAUAUCUCGGGGCAUAUAACGACGAAGAUGCGGCAGCACGUGCCUAUGACUUGGCAGCAUUGAAGUACUGGGGCCAAGAUACCAUUCUCAAUUUUCCGCUAUCCAAUUAUCAAGACGAGCUUAAGGAGAUGGAGGAUCAAUCAAAGGAAGAAUAUAUUGGAUCCUUAAGAAGAAAAAGUAGCGGCUUUUCUCGCGGAGUCUCAAAAUAUAGAGGCGUGGCAAGACACCAUCAUAAUGGAAGGUGGGAAGCUCGAAUUGGCAGGGUGUUCGGCAACAAAUAUCUAUACCUUGGAACUUACGCCACACAAGAAGAAGCAGCAAUGGCGUACGAUAUGGCGGCCAUAGAGUACCGUGGACAUAACGCCGUCACAAACUUCGACCUUAGUCGUUACAUCAAAUGGCUACAUCCUAAUACCCAAGACGAAGACAAGCGUAAAACUCCAAGCAAGACUGAUCCUGAACUUGGAACAAACGAGAUCACAACAGCAGCUACACCACUAUCUGGUAAUGGCACUACUGCCACCACCACAUCUUCUGCAUUGGGCCUUCUUUUACAGUCAUCCAAAUUCAAAGAAAUGCUACAAAGGACUUCAGCUGAAGAUUACCCUCCACCACCUCCUCCUCGUACAUUCCCCGAUGAUAUUCAAACCUUUUUCGAAAAUCACGAUUCUGGAAUCUAUGCUGAGACUGAUGACAUUAUAUUUGGCGAUUUGACGUCAAUUGCGUCACCAUUUUUUCAUUGUGAGCUUAAUGCUUAAUUAGAACAAUGAAUUCAAAAUCAUUUAAAAUCAAUGUCCACCGAUGCCUA